UCGGCAGCUGGCCACACUUGUAGAAUUGUUUUUUUUUCAACGGCCCCAGCCCCACCUUACUAAAUCUAGGGUGUGUACAAAGUUUUUGUAAUAUUUUAUUUGUUUACGCUUGUUUAUUGUGAGUGCAGCAUAUCAAUUUAGUUAAAUUGAUAGAGAAGUUGUGGUAGAAGCCAGAAAAAUGCGUGAAUUGAACAAGCAGCAGUCGCAGGACACCACUGACAACAGCGUGGAGAAGGGCGACUAUCCGCGAGCCACAAAUGGCGUUGUCUUUGGUGCGAUAAUCACCUUUGCCAGUUUCUUCGUACUGAUGAUGUCCUUCUGUUCCCCCUAUUGGAUUGAGUCGUACGAAGAGACACACAGUAGUUUUAAAAAUAUGGGUCUCUGGCAAUAUUGUUUUAAAAGUUUUGUAUAUCCAAAGUAUCAGUUCCCCAAGCAGUUCACCGGAUGUCAUAAUAUCUUCUCCCACGAAUACUAUGUGAUACGUGAAUAUCUGCUGCCUGGUUGGCUGAUGUCCGUUCAGGGUUUUGUCACCAUGUCAUUCAUUAUUGUGCUUUGUGUAUUGACGCUUCUUUCGCUGACCAUCAUACGAUUACCGCUAAAAGCAGUCCUCCAAUAUGAGUGGCUCCUGGUGCGCCUUUCAUUCCUUGGAACAGCCGUAUCGUCGCUUUUCAUGUUCCUCGCUGUGUGUAUCUUUGGCGGGUGUGCCUAUCGUCGCGAUUGGCUUAUGUAUCCGAAGUUCAAUGUGCUCGGCUGGUCAUUUGCCUUGGCUGUCGUCACGUUUAUGCUGCUUGGAUUGGCUGCACUUAUUUUACAUCGUGAGGCUCGGCAGGCUUACGAGGCUCGUGGUGAACAAAAGAAUCUGGUUAUGCAAAUGGAAAUGCAUGAGCCGGGCUAUCAGCCACCACGUCACCAUCAUAGCCAAUCGCGCAGUCUCCAGGGCUAUAUAUAAACACACACAAAAUAGUGCACAAAACGCCUAAGCAUACGCAUCGUAAAAUUACACAAAAACAUACAUAUAUAUAUACAUAUGUAUGUACAUACACGCAUCGAACUUUAAUGCAUUCCAAUCAACAAAAAUAUUUUCUGAAUCUCCGUCCAUAUGUGUAAAGUACUAUUAUACGCAAUCACUAUGUAUCUCCUGAUGCCGUCCAAGUGCCUUCACAACAAAUUUGGUUACCUUAACUCUCGAAUCAUCUUUUUAUACUUACCCACAAGACAAAUGUAACCAAAAAUCAUUUGACACACAUAUACACACAUACGUAUGCACAUUUAAAUGUAUAUGUAGUAAAAGCAAUUAAUAUUUACAUAUCUAACGAAAAUUUCAUAUUAUUAUACGCGACGAUCGAUUAUCGUUUGUAUAUUUUUUUUAUGUAUCCGCAUUUUAUACAUUUAUUAAAAAUCGAAUUACAAAUACA